CAUGCUCGGUGAUCAGAGCCAGGAGAAAAUAUAAAACAGCUUUCACCUCUGUUCCUAUUUAAGCAGGACAUUUGCACAGACUUUUAGUCUACCUCAGGUUCCGACACCUGUGCGGUUCACCGUGUGAUCCUACGAUGAUUUUGACUGUGGCUCUCCUGGUGAUUGCUGUCUCAUGCGUUGGUUCAGAAGACUACUGCUACAAUGAGCCACAUUGUGAUCCUUAUGCAUGGGGAGACAUGUUUCCACCCUGUCACCCCUUACUCGAAGAGCACCACUCACCCAUCAAUCUGGACCAGCAGAUGACCAGAAACAACUCUCUGGGGUCUUUACAUCUGGAGGGCUUUGAUGUGACCCAAACAGGCUACUGGACGCUUCAAAAUGACGGACACUCUGUUGUGCUGCAGGUUGGCAGUGGCAUGUCAGUGAGCGGUGGAGGUCUUCCAGAUAUGUACCACACCAUCCAGCUACACUUCCACUGGGGAAGCCCAGCCACUAACGGCUCAGAACACACAGUGGAUGGACACAGAUACCCAAUGGAGAUGCACAUAGUCAACAUGAAGUCCAUCCAUCCGAAUUUGACAGCAGCGUUGGAUGAUCCAACAGGACUUGCUGUUCUUGGAUUUUUCAUCGAUGUUGUUUACGGAGACAAUGUGCACUUUGGACACAUAUCACAAAAACUGUCCUCUGUAGCUUACAAAGGCCAAACAGCCAAAGUCAAGCCAUUCCCACUGAUGAGCCUUCUGCCGAAGCACAACAUGAGUCAGUAUUACCGUUAUUACGGCAGCCUCACCACCCCUCCUUGUUCUCAAGUGGUUGUAUGGACUUUGUAUGAGGUCCCCAUCUAUAUCUCAUGGUCUCAACUGGCUCAGUUUACGUCCCAGAUCUUCUCCACAGAGGAGGAUGCAGAGCAGGUGACACCUCUGCACAACAACUUCAGACACAUCCACCCCACCUUCAGUCGUGUUGUCUCUGCAUCCAAAGAUGCCAGGCUCCUCAGAGGAACGGCCAGUUGUUUCUUGAGGUCAGCCGUGACAGUGUAUCAACUUCAAAUCAUCUUGCUGGGAAGCCUCAUCUCUGGACUUUAGCGAUGCAUUGGUCCAAAUCAUAAAACCCUACAAUGCCAAAUGAAAAUUUGAUUCCUAUUUCCUUCACUUAGUUUUCCCCACAUUUAUAUGAAAGCGAGGUUUCCUAUUUGAACCUGAGGUACAGUGUAGAGUUUUCACAUCUGUGGGAAAUGCUCCAGUAAAGAACACUGUAUAUAUAAACCAAACUGUGAAAUAGAAUAGUGUAAAAUGUUGAAAUGUGUAUGAUUGUGCCAUGCUGUCUCUGCAGGAUUAUUUAACUCCAGUAGUAAAGGACAAAUUUUAAAUUUGACUUGAUGAUUUUUUUUAGUUGUGCUGCUAGCAAAGAUAAAAACAACAAGAAAAGGCAAGAAAAAAGUUAAUCACAAUCAUGAAUAUUUUCAGUUUUAGUGACUUUGGUUCUUGUUCACAUCAAAUAUUUUUGUAGUAGACUACACAUUUCACAGUUUUAUUUGAAAACAAGUAGGGGCACAGGCUCACCUUGUAGUGUCAUAUCAGCAGGAGAAGUAUUGAAUAUUAACCCCAAACAGUACACGAGCCUGAUAUGUUUUCAGGUAUUCCUACAGUAGUAGUAGACAUUUUGACAAAUUGUAACAGGAAGCUCACAGACAUAUUAAUAAGGAAUAAAAUCCAUUCAUCUUGACAUGUUCCAGGGUUCUACCAGUUUCCAUGUUUGCUCAGUAGACACUGUGUUUACAGUCUGUGCUUGGCUCAUUAACAUGGCCCCAUGGUGCACUUAAAAGGAACAGAGCGAUCAUUAAUGUUAUUAGUAAUACCUGCGCUUUUCCAAGUUGGAUUUCUACUGUGACAAAGACCUGUAGUGUCGUUUGCUAAUGAGCUGACUCUCCAGCAUCCAACAUGCAAACUUUUCUACAUGCAUCAUCGCCUCUGCGUGUGUUUAUUCUGCAUAUUUGCCAGUACACCAGCAUCAGUAUAAACCAGCAGCAGCAGAGGAGGCUUCAGAUAUGCAAAUAUGAACCACUGUAAAACAUCUGCACAGAAAAAAAGUCAGAUAUGGGAUUGACAUUUGCAUGUCAGUGUUCACAUUUUUCUUUGAACUUGUUUUAAGAUUCACUGUAUUCAUACAAUAAAAAUACA